AUGGAGGUUAUGAUGAACGCUCUCAAGGGGCGAGUGUCCAGUGAUCUUGAUGACCUUGUCAACCGAACUGACUCGCCGUUCACCGCCCCCGUCAACUCCUUCGCCCUACCGAGUAAGUUCUGCAUGCUACAGAUAGACAGUUAUGACGGGGUCAGGGACCCUCUGGACCACCUAGAGACCUUUAAGACCCUGAUGCACCUUCAAGGAGUAGCAGACGCGAUCAUGUGUAGAGCCUUCCCUACAACGCUAAAGGGCGCGACGAGAAUUUGGUUCAGCCGGCUGACACCGAACUCCAUAAGCACCUUCAAAGAACUUGGCGCUCAAUUUACCACGUACUUCAUUAGAGGCCAUCGGUACAAGAAGUCUAUGGCUUACUUGAUGAGUAUCAAGCAGCGAGAGGAUGAAACAUUAAGAGCCUACAUAUCCCGCUUCAAUAAGGAGGCACUCUCGAUCGACGAAGCCGACGAUAAGAUACUGGUCGCAGCAUUCACGAAUGGACUAAAGAAGGUACUUUACCGGGCCUCAAAGUAUAUGAAAGCCGAAGACGCGUUAUUGGCCCAAGAAGAGAGGCCAAAGAAAAGAGAGAGGCAAGAAGACACUCGGCAGGACCAAGGCCGAAAGAAAGCAAGGACGGGAGACCGAACGGAUGAGAGGCACCCUAAGCCCCUGGGGGGAAGAUUCACGAGCUUCACUCCGUUGACCGCCCCGACAGAUCAAGUCCUUAUGCAAAUCAAGGAUGAGGAGGCUCUGACAUUCCCUGGAAAGCUGAAGAGUGAUCCCAACAAACGUUCUAGGGAUAAGUAUUGCCGCUUCCACCGUGACUAUGGUCACGAUACGGCUGAUUGCUAUGACCUAAAGCAGUAG